AUGCACUGGCUUCCGCAAGAUCGUGUGAAGAUGGAGCAAUGGCUUCGUGCCAAUCGUACAACGACGUUUCUCGAAGAAACAAGCGACACAUGUCUCAACCAGCUUGCGCUUGCAAUUGGCCUUGAUUUUCGAAGACUGAAUGAAGGGCAGAAGACACUUGUCAAAGUAAAGAUGCGAAGCUCUCUCAAAUACACUUUAAACAAGCUCAAGCUGUCGGGAGAGGUCAGUGAGAGAUGGGACCCUCGCGGGAAGCAGGUUGUCCUUGAUUGGACUCAGAGCGAAGGCCAUUCUCUACGCGUAAUACACAAUGGCCUCUACAACUCUCCUUACGCGGCACCUCCGACCCAUCACCUCGCCUCUCCAGGAUUGCCUACGUACGAUCAUCAGAGCCGAACUCCUGGAACCAGCAAUACAGUCUCGUUGAGGCACAUUUCUCAAAAGCACCCGACAGCCUCCAACUCCGCCGUGCAGUUAGAUUCUCUUGAAGACGGUCUGGAUCGGGAACCAGAAGGUUUCUACCGCCAGAACGAUCAUCUUGAUCAGCCACCCCCUUAUUCUGUUCAGGCGAACUUCGUCGAAAUCGAUGUGGAGCGAGCAACAGAGGAGUUCUAUCGAGAAAAGGCCCAUCUUGACAAGUUUGAGGAUAUCAUAAGCCAAAGGCACAGAAACAAAAACCAGGACGCUAUAGUUCCAUAUGCGGCACGGGAUACUCGAAAAUGCAGCGACCGAGAGGUGGAGAUACUGAUGGGUCGUGGACAGGCUGCGAGAAAGGAGACACCAACCGCCGAUCCGACACAGGCUAGGGGGAGAAAUCACGUCAAUCUAGAGCCAUGCAAGACUUCAUUGCGGUCAUUGACGCCUGAGAUGGCUGAGCGCAAAAGCCCAGGCCUACACGAAUCUGACUCGACGAAGGCUCACCGGAAAUUGAUUCAGAAACUCAGGGAGGGCUCUUACGUCUCUGGGACGAUGACCAAGAACGUUGAGGGUAUGAUCCCAGAAGUGGACGAGGUUGAAUGGACAAGUGCUGAUGAGCACUUCCAGCAGAGGCUGGUAAACACCUCUGUCCCCGAUACGUUGCCUGUUCGGCGACGAUCCGGACUGGAUCACACAGCCCUCCGGCGGCAAGAUCGUUCAAAUCACAAAGCUGCCCAGCGAUCAUCUCGAUCAGAUCGCAAAUCCAUUUCGCAGCGGUCUCAGACCAUUGCCUUCAAGGAGUCAAGCCCAAUACAUCUCCAUCCUGAUCUAGUCAAAGGAGUCGACUGGACAGUCCUGUUCUGUUUAGGGCUACUUCUUGCAUGGUUCCUUAUUUGCUACUUAUUUGGUGCUUGA